CAGUCACAAAUUGGAAGUUGUCACCGGUCAGCUCCUGCGAUGUGCCCACAAGCUUUGUACGAAGGUUCUGCAAGGAAACCAUCCAGACCUGGAUCUUGCUAUCACACUAUCGUGGAGCGCUGGGCGUAAUCUCGGAUCUGUCCUCCGAUGGUUGUGGCAACAACCCCGGCGACGUCGUUCAGUUCCGCUUCAAGCAGUUUCACGAGCUAGACGACCUCGAAUUGUUCAUUCAAUAUUCUACUGCCGCGUUUCACCUUCUUCCAACAUCUCACCCUGACCGACCACAAAUUCUUCGCACACUUUCGGGUGGCUUGUUGGAGCGUUUUCAUCAGAAAAGAGACGCGGAUGAUCUUGAGACAGUCGGAAGGUACUAGCAGGCUGUACUCGACCUGUGUUCUCAAGAACAUCCCUACUAUACUCUUGGACUUAACAACCUCGCCGAUCCGCGCGUCUAAAACGGCCGGCGGGAACGGCGAACUGGUGGAGGCACGCCUCACACCAGGGCAUUCGCGCACCCGGUACUAUAAGGGACACAGGGGGUCCCAAUAGAUUAG